AUAGAAAGACCAUGGUUUGACCAUGUUUAGAAAUUGCAAUAUAUUCACAUCUAAUCCAAAUAGACUUCCAGCUUUGUUGUCGUCUCCUUUCAUCCUCUGUAGAAAAGUAUCCGCUCCAUCUGCAAAGAACACCCCCAAUUACAAACCCAGCAGCUCGAAAUCCUUUACAGAGCUGCCGCACUUCUGCCACAGAGGAUGCUCUCUCUUCAUCUCCUCUCUUCAGUACCAUCUUUCGACAACACUUCUCUACAACGUACGCGCCUCUCAAAACCCAAUAACCCUUCUAAUUUCCCAAUUCUCAAUCUCCAUUCAAUCGCCAUUUCUCCAAAAUUCGUACAUAUCCACAUCGCCAAUCGCUCUAUUUUCCCUUUUGUAACACGCAGCAAAUUGUCGAUUCAAUCCGGAAGCAGUAGUUUUCUAGCCUUUAAGCCUCCAAGCGAUGGAACCCACCUGAAGAGGGGUUGCUGCAGUGCUGUUAAUGACUCUGACGAAAAGACUAGGUCGGUUGUAGAUAACGGUGGCGGCGGCGGUGGAGGUGGAGGUGGAGGUGGCGAUGAACGUGAGGAUAAUGGGAAGGUGGAGAAUCAAAAGGAUUCUUCUGGGUUUCUGCCAGAAUGGUUAAAUUUGACUUCGGAUGACGCCAAAACAGUCUUUGCAGCUAUAGCAAUAUCUCUUGCCUUCAGAACAUUUAUUGCAGAACCGAGGUACAUUCCCUCGCUAUCAAUGUAUCCUACAUUUGAUGUUGGGGAUCGACUUGUAGCAGAGAAGGUCACAUACUAUUUUAGAAAGCCUUGUGCUAAUGAUAUAGUGAUAUUCAAAAGCCCACCAGUGCUUCAGGAAGUAGGAUAUACUGAUGAAGAUGUCUUCAUUAAAAGAGUUGUUGCUAAACAAGGUGAUACUGUGGAGGUUCGGAAUGGAAAACUUAUCGUUAAUGGGGUUGAGAGAAACGAAAAAUUUAUCUUGGAACCACCAUCAUAUGAUAUGACUCCAAUUCAAGUGCCCGAAAACAUGGUCUUUGUGAUGGGUGAUAAUCGCAAUAACAGCUAUGAUUCUCAUGUGUGGGGUCCUCUACCUGCCAAAAAUAUAAUUGGAAGAUCACUAUUCCGCUAUUGGCCUCCAAACAGAAUCGGUGGAACAGUUUCUGAGCCAAGCUGUGCUAUUGAUAAGCAAGAGGGCAUUCCUUCCACACCAGAAAUUUCCAGCCUACAGACCACAAAUUCUCAACCAUGAUGGUUUCAGUCAUGUUCCUGUAAGUUCAGUUCGUCCCUCUGCAAAUGGCUUUACCAUCGCCAUUUGUUUCCCUGUAAUUUGAAAGCUCUUUUUAUUUUUGGUUUGAGGAACUGGCCAUUUUGUGUAAGGCCCUAGUUAUUGUUGGUCUUAGUUUUUGUGCAAGUUUUAUUAGAUGACUCUACACCAUCAAUAUCUGUAAUUUGAAUAGUCUCAUCUCUCUUCUGCCUCAACCACAGUCGAGAGAUCUGAAGAAGUGACAUCGCCAUUCUUAGUGAAUCCAAUUGAUCAAUACAAGUUAGUUGAUGGUAUAGAAA